AUGGGGCGCGUCAAGAUUGCUCCCACUCCGCGUGCUGCGGCCCUCAACGAUGCUAUGCGACGAGCUGCCACUCAAAUCAGCCCUCCCACGGCCGAAGCCGUCAGGAAUGAUCUUGCUAACACGAGCAAGGCGGGGAAGCAACUCACCCGCAAUUCACUGCCUACUCCACGGGGCUCCCAAGACCGGGCAACCUCUGAACCCACCAGCAAACGUAAGGCUGCCAGUGAAUCCAAGUCAGACUCCAAUCUCCCAAAGAAGGACACCAAACUUGCUCUCCGCUCCUCCAACAAGCCUCCCGCCACUCCCUCUGCUGUCGUCGACAUGGAUGAUGCUGCCGAUGUGUCGGCUGAUGGGCCGCCAAGUAAGCGUCAAAAAGUUGACGAGGCAUCUCCCGCUCCUCGUCGCUCCACUCGCACCAAGCCUCCCAAAGACGAUACGACUCCGCCUACUACCAGACCCCUUCGCUCUGUCGGUCGCAAAUCAAAGAAGCAUUCGAAAAUCGUCGACGAGGCUGAGGACGAUCAAGCCAGUACCGAUUCCUCCCCUAAACCGCAGGAGGAAGUCGUCGCCUUGAAGCAGGACAUUGCUAAGACCGAGACUGCCUCAAUUGAUACUCAAUCCGACCUCGAAAAUGCAAUCGAAGGCUCUGAGUCCUUCCCUUCACCUACUUCUGCCACAACUGAUACCCAGGUCAUGGCAGUGAAUGCCACACGAUCUGCCACAGGCCCUCGACCUCGCGAUGCCACGAGUCUUCCACCUCCGAGUUUCCAAACUAGCGAUCAAAUUGUCAGUGGUGGCGCAGAAUUUCAUCCUCUUCCCACCACCAAGCUCUCCUCCGCUCCGACCACGGCAAAUGACAUUCCGGAUACUCAGAAUCCCUCGGAAUCGAGCCACUCAAUCCCGUACACCUUCUCUCCAGGGGCUGCGUACGUAUCAACUCCAGCUGAUGUGGUGCCUGUCAACGGCGUCCAUGAUCCGGCAAGCAGCCAGACUGGUCAGAACGGCAAUGUGCCUCCACCCAAUACUAUCGCAGUGCAAGGGCCACCAUUUCCUCCCGGUCAUUACAUGCUGCCACACAAUUUUGGUCACCUUGCGACGCCUGUUGGCGCCAAUGGCCAGCCUCUCCACUUCGUGCCCAGCCGGCGCGGUCAAAAGGUCAAAGGUCGUCCUCCUCCGAAGGCUGCUUCCACAUCUAAGUCGCCGACUCUUCUUCAGGCGUCUUCGAGUCCAGAUACCAGCGCCCAUGCUAGUGGCCUCGCAACUGCGAAUGCCAGCGCUAGUCCGAGCGCCAGCGCGCUCGCCCUCGAUGCCAAAAAUCGUGCUCUCGCUAAUACCUAUCCACGCAAACAGCCCUUUAAGGCACAGAUCGAAUUUCCAGGCUACCCUCCUCCCAAUGCUGAGAUACCGGGCAACUACACCAUGUGGGAGAUCUGUCAGCUUAUGCCAAACGCAUUGCGGGAGAACAAUUUGCGAGCUUUUGUUCAGCGUGAGUGGUCAGCCAACGAGCUCUGCGCCUGUCUCAAGGACGACGCCCGAGCCGUCUUGAACGCUCGGCCCGGAAAGGACAAAACCAUGGUGUUUCAGAAGCGCCUCGAACGCAUCAAGAAAGACCUUGUUGCGAAGGGCGAAUUUGAAGCUCUCGUUCGAGCGCCUCCAUUGCGAGAAGAUGGCCGACCGACAUGGGUCAAGCGUGGCAACGUACGACGGAAGUAG